CAAAGGAGGGAAGAAGAAGAAGACCAAAGGUGGUGCCAAGCCCUCCAAAGCCAACGGCUCCAGCUGGGCCAAUGUGCCGCUGCCCCCCACCCCCGGUCCACCCACUGCCCGGCACCGACAUGGACCACUACCCCGGAGACCAUCACGAAGGAGUAGUCUAUGAGAGCGAUGGCUGGGGGCCUCCGCUGCCGAUGCAGACCUACCUGCACCAGGGCAUGGAGGACGAGCUGGAGGAGGAGGAGGAGCGCGUGCCGACCCCACCGGUGCGUGGCGUGGCCUCGUCGCCCGCGGCCGUGUCGUUCGGACAGCAAUCCACGGCCACGCUGACGCCGUCGCCGCGCGAGGAGAUGCAGCCCAUGCUGCAGGCCCACCUGGACGAGAUCACCCGCGCCUACCAAAUGGACAUGGCCAAGCAGACGUGGCACAUGCAGGGCGGCCCAUAUCCCCCUCAGGCCCCUGCUCCCCCAGUCGGCUACGUGUCCAGCGCGCUCGUGUCUGACCUGGAGACCGACAUCCCAGAUGAAGACGAGGACGAUGAGGAGGAAGAGGAGGAGGGCUACGAGAUGUCCCGACCCCUUCGUGGCGUGGAGCACACCCCAGGGUCCAGCAUGGACAACCUGGACAGCUCUGUCACUGGGUCCAUGGUGAAUGGCUGGGGCUCGGCCUCUGAGGAGGAUGACCGCAACUUCUCCAGCCGCCGGUCGAGCGUGGGGAGCUCGUCCGACGGCUCCAUCUUCGCCCACUGCAGCUUCGCCCAGGCCCUGGUGGCGGCGGCCGACAAGGCCGGCUACCGGGUGGAGGGCACCAGCAUGACCAAGCCAGGUAAAGGCCUGAGCCAUCGGCCGCGUCCCAGCAGCCCCUUCUCCACGGACGGCAGCACCGUGGGCACACACAGCCUGGGCCACCAGAGGGCGCCGCGACCGGCCCGCAAACACAGAGGUCUGGGCACGGUGCCCCACCGCCGAGACGCCAGCGCCGACGACCUACCUCCACCUCCGGAGCCUCCGCCCUCCUGCCAGGGCGUGCGCAUGCAGGGGGCCCGCAGCGUGGGGAGCGUGGGCAGUCCGGCCGAGCGCAAGGCCACCUCCCUGGAGCGCCAGCAGAUGGCCGGCGCCGGCGGGCUGGACGAGGUGAAGAGCUCACUGGAGCGGCCCACGCGCACCUCGCUGGAGCGACACCGGCAGGCCCAGGAACGGCUGGGCUCCACGGAGCGUGCUCAGAAGAACGGACCCGUCUCAGAAGAAGCCAUGCCACCCUACAGCAAACCCUCCUUCCCCUCCCCGGGUGGACACAGCUCCUCGGGCACCGUCUCCUCCAAGGGCUCCACGGGGCCCCGCAAGGGAGAGGGCCAGAGGGGCCAGCCACAGCAGCAGCAGCGGGGGGCCACAGAGCACUCAGACGGGAACAACUUCCUGGGGACAAACGGCCAACCACAGUACUCUGGGGAAUUAUAGUGACCUGAGGAUGCUGAAGCAGGAGUAUGCCAUGUCUGUCCUCACUUACACGUUUCCUCUGUUCUGUGGGAAACUUGGACUUCAUCCGUCACUAUGUCUCACCACAAGGAGAGGAGGGGAAAGACGAAGAUGAGGGCGACAGCGGGGAAACAUUGUGGCAAAUCUGUAAAUGUCCAUGUAAAGACAGACCACACAACGUUGAUUUGACAUUUUUAUCCUUUCAAGAAGUUAUCUCCCACCUUCCACCUUAAAAAAAAAACUGACUUUUUUUGUGAGAAGACUUAAAAAAAAAAAGUAAUGAAACAAAAGAAUGGAAGAUAUCCAUCCAGAUUGCUAAAGUACGGAGAGCAAAAGGGAUUUUUCCUGUAAAUAUGUUCUUAACAUUGUUUUUGCAUUGCUAUGCAAGCCAUUUUCUGUUCAACCUUUUCUUGUUUUGUUUUUAAUUUCUCAUACUGUUGGUUUCAUCAGAUUAUCUGUACUAUAUGUGAAUGGAAAGGCUGUCGUGCCAUAAAGUAAUUAUUUUAUGAUCCUCCAUGUGUUAAUAAUUACCAUUGAUUAAUUGUUGCUAUUAUGAUUAUGAUUAUUAUUAUUAAUUAUUAUUAUUUUUUGCACUGCAAUUUUGGUGAUAAGCACAAAAAGCAUAGCUCCUGCUGACAUGAAGAAGCUGAUCGGGGAUCUGUGAAGUGGAGAUUUCUGUACUGUAAACUAAGAGAUAAGAAGAUAUAUACAGUAGCAAUGUACAGAGAGAUAUUAACUAAGUAGUCACGGGGCCCAGGGCAGGGGGGCUGCACACAGUAAACAGGUGUUGGCCCUGCGUGUGUGUGUGCGUGUGUGUGUGUGUGUGUGUGUGUGUGUGUGUGUGUGUGUGUGUGUGUGUGUGUGUGUGUGUGUGUAAGUGUUCGUGCAUUUGUAACCAUGGUGGAGAUUUCUCCCUCUGAUGGGGGAUUAGGCAGUGUUUGAUGGUGGCUGUAUGUAUGUGUGUGUGUGUGUGUGUGUGUGUGUGUGUGUGUGUGUGUGUGUGUGUGUGUGUGUGUGUGUGUGUGAGGGCGACGAAAGGGCGAGGCUGGAGCUGAUUGAGCUCCAUGGGUCUCCAGAGGGUUUGACGCGUCUGACGAUGGAUUGUCCCAAUGUUUGUUUUCUCCACGGUUUACAAGUGGUUGAAAUAGAAUCCCCCCCAAACCCGCUCCGCUAUUGCACAGUUGAACCCCUCCCCAACGCAUUCUGAUUGCCCUCAAGAGACACAAUUGACCCCCCCACCACCACCACCACCCUCAACUCAACCCAACCCAAACCCUGCAGUUGGACCUGAAGUCCAUCACAGUUUAUCAACAUUUGAGUUGAAAAUAUUUCAAGGCUAAUAACCCCUAAUACUAGCCCUUUGUGAUGGCCAAUGCCGUUGUUUUGCGUCUUUCAUUUCUUUUCUGCUUGAUCUCUGUUUGUGCUCGCUCCAAGAAAAAAAACGCUUCUCUCAGUUGCCCACAUCGACUUUUUGAAAUUGGUUAAACAUCAGAGUCCACUAAUUCCUGUGGACAUCCACUGAGGAGGGAGAUGUGGACGUGUUGCUCCAGGCUGGUGGUCUGUACGCUUGAGAGUUUUACAAGAGUCUCUCCCCUGCUCCUGCUAGCUCUUAUCUGUUUUUUUCUUCCUUUCAUGUGUAGUUUUACGUUAAUUCAGACAAACGAAGCGCCAGGGCGGCUCUGCCGCUGGGAGAGCUGAAGCACUUGCGGUCAGGCUUCAUGCAUCUGAGCUUUCAGAUGCUGCUGAGGCAUCCACAGCCUCACUCCAGUGCUGAAGAAAAAAAAAACCGACAAAGUGAAAAGCAUUCACAUGUGUUAACAACCCUGUACUAAAUAGACUGGCAAAUAGAAUUAGUUUUUGUUAUUUAUUGUUUUAAAGCACUUAGAGUCGUCACAUGCAAAACAGCACUGAGGCUCUCAACAGCACGAACCAGUGUAUUCAAGGAGACACAAGGAAAAAUCCACUGUGGCUGAUCAGUUGUCCAGGUUAAGCAAUACUCCAUAAAGUGCUGGGCAUUGCAGGUCUGGGCAUGAGACAUAACUCAAUAUGAGAUUGGCAAUGCAUAUGUGUACAGAGUACUAAAGAACGAUCUUGCAUAUGUGUACAGAGUACUAAAGAACGAUCUUUUUGUAAAGUUUACUACUGCCUCUGUCUCACAAGCAAUGAGCAAACCACAAUGGACCCUUUCAAGAGAGUUCCAUUAUCAGCAUCAUAGUUGGCCCCACAAGACUUCCUUUUUAACAUUCCAUAUGUUAUCUUAAUGCAGAGGAAGUAGAUUGGGGCCCAAAUAGAAUGUUCAAGCAUUGUUUUUGUUUACCUUGUUGAAAGGGUCUAUACUCUCAGUCACCGAACACAGUUUACCAAGCAGUACAGAAUUCAGACACUAUUUUGGUUAAAUAUAUAUUUUGGGUUUUACAUUCUUUGUUAUAUUCAUGUUGGUCUUUCAAACUCUCUUUUUCUUGCACCUUUCGAUCGUAUUGCUUGUUAUUCCUUUUCUAAAGUGAAACCAUGCAGAACUAAAUAUCAAGUGAAAAACCACGCUGCUUUUUUUCAAAUGAUAUUUUUUACGGUUACAGUAACAUUCAGGAUUUACUGGUUUAAUGACUGUUUGUUUGCUCUUCUCUCCAGUUUUAUACUGUACAAUUAGUGUUGAUAACGAGGGUGUGGAGCUAACGGCUUUAUUGAGCAUUUCGGUCCUUUACUGUUCAUGAGUUCUUGAGCGCCAUGUUCAUGUCACAUCAUCUCGAUAUCGUGGCCAGUCUUCUGAAAAUGAGGUGCAAAGAGCAUCUCAUGAUCUUUUUUUUGUUUUGAUUUGUUUUUGUUUUGGUGGUGUUCGUGUGUGUCUAGGCCUACAUAUGUAUAUAUAAAUAUAUUCAUAUGCAUCAUCACAUUGAAGUUCAUUCCAAUCUGACUGAUGAAAAAUCCCCUUCCAAACCUUUUUUUUUAUUGCUAUUAUUUUGAUUUCUCUGGUUCUUAUUGGCAGUGGGUUUUCCAUAAGCCCUCUUUCACUGAGUAACGUGCCAGUUCGAAGCAUUUUCAUCUGGGAAAAGGUGAGAUAUCAGAAAGAGAACAUACCAAAUUAAUAUCAAUAUUUGAAAUGUCCAAUGCAUUUUAGUGACUUUUUUUUAAAAAAAUACUAACUUUUUUGUUUAUAAUAUGUUUCUUUUGAAAUCACAGUGUUGUUGUUUUGUAUUUAUUAAAAUAAAAAAGGUAUAUUGUGAAUAAUGGAAAAAAGAUUUGUGGAAUAUAAGAUGUUUCCCCUCUCUCUCCUCCGUGUGUCCUAUCUCUCCCUCAUGAAAAGCUUUUGCCAUAAAGAUUUCAUGGAUUCAUAACAUUCACGUAAUGUUGAAAUGCUGAGACAACAAAUUUCAAUGGACCCACUUUAUGUCUUGCAUGCUAACCAUGCUUCUUCCUCGACAUUUGCAACAAAUUAGAGAAAACCAUGGUGAACACAAAAAAAUGUUCCAUCAGUUACCAAGAUGAUGGAAUUUCUUUUUUUUCAAACUCCUAUUCCCCCCUCUUUUUUUGAAAGUACAGUUAUCCGUUCUCUUUCCUUUUCUCAAUUCUCAAUAUUGUUGGAUCUUUGUAGCCUAUCUGUGUGUUGCCUUUUUUGCUAAAAAAGGAAUUAAAAACAUUUAAAAAAUAA